AUAACUGAGGAGGAGAUGAAGCUUGACUGGCUAGAACAGAAGCAACAAUGGAGGCCCAUGGAGGGAUUUUCCAGGCCCCUAUUCCUGAUCUCUAAGGUCGCGCUGCUUCCCUUAUUCUGCAGUCUUGCUUUGAGACCAGACAAUUCUGUACUCUGUCUGUGCCUCCUUCCUUCUCAGCAGCCCUGCCUCUGCCACCUUCCCCAGAAGGGAUGUGGGUUCUCUCAUCUCAGGACAGACAAAGGUUUUUGUAAUUAUCUUCUUGGGUAACCUCCCUGUAAGGAAUAGGAGAGGUUAUCUGGUCCUGGUCUUUUGGGAGAGCAUUGAGAGGAAAAAGCUAAACCAGUGCGCAGCCCAGGCUGCAUACAUCCUGGGAAUAUUGCGAUUAUUCUCUCCAGUAAUCUGGGGAAAUCUACUGGUUGUUCUGCAGAAAAAGAAUUAAGAGAGACCAGGAGACCUGUUGUCUAAGCCUAAGGCAGGAUGAGGUUUACCUAGUAACUGAUGAUGCUAGGCUGAGGCACUCAGUGAUUUGUCUCUACAUCCGUCCCCGCCUACCUAGCCAAUCUGUCUGUUUGGGACACUGGACUCCCGUGAGCUGGAAGGAACAGGUUUAAUAUCUAGGGGCUGGGUAUCCCCAAAUCACUCAUUUGGGGGGUCAAGGGACCCGGGCAAUAUAGUAUUCUGCUCAGUGUCUGGAGACCAUCUACCCAGGCUGGGGCUUCUGGGACAGGUGAGGACCCACGGACCCUGGAAGAGCUGGUCCAAGGGACUGAACUCCCGGCAUCUCUACAGAGCAGAGCAUGAUCACAUUCCUGCCGCUGCUGCUGGGGCUCAGCCUGGGCUGCACAGGAGCAGGUGGCUUCGUGGCCCAUGUGGAAAGCACCUGUCUGUUGGAUGAUGCUGGGACUCCAAAGGAUUUCACAUACUGCGUCUCCUUCAACAAAGAUCUGCUGACCUGCUGGGAUCCAGAGGAGAAUAAGAUGGCCCCUUGCGAAUUUGGGGUGCUGAAUGGCUUGGCAAAUGGCCUCUCAAAUUACCUCAACCAACAAGACACCCUGAUGCAGCGCUUGCGCAAUGGGCUUCAGAAUUGUGCCACACACACCCAGCCCUUCUGGGGAUCACUGACCAACAGGACACGGCCACCAUCUGUGCAAGUAGCCAAAACCACUCCUUUUAACACGAGGGAGCCUGUGAUGCUGGCCUGCUAUGUGUGGGGCUUCUAUCCAGCAGAUGUGACCAUCACAUGGAGGAAGAACGGGAAGCUUGUCAGCCCUCACAGCAGUGCCCACAAGACUGCCCAGCCCAAUGGAGACUGGACAUACCAGACCCUCUCACAUUUAGCCUUAACCCCCUCUUACGGGGACACUUACACCUGUGUGGUGGAGCACACUGGGGAUCCUGAGCCCAUCCUUCGGGACUGGACACCUGGGCUGUCCCCCAUGCAGACCCUGAAGGUUUCUGUGUCUGCAGUGACUCUGGGCCUGGGCCUCAUCAUCUUCUCUCUUGGUUUGAUCAGCUGGCGGAGAGCUGGCUCCUCUAGUUACACUCCUCUUCCUGGGUCCAAUUAUCCAGAAGGACGGCACAUUUCCUAGCGGCAGAAUCCUACAACUUCCACUCCAAGUGAGAAGGAGAUUCAAACUAAAUGAUGCUACCAUGCCUCUCCAACAUCUUCAACCCCCUGACAUUAUCUUGGAUCCUGUGGUUUCUCCAUCCAAUUCUUUGAAUUUCCGGCUGGGCGCGGUGGCUCACGCUUGUAAUCCCAGCAUUUUGGGAGGCCGAGGCGGGUGGAUCACGAGGUCAGGAGAUCGAGACCAGGUGAAACCCCGUCUCUACUAAAAAUACAAAAAAUUAGCUGGGCGUGGUGGCGGGCGCCUGUGGUCCCAGCUACUCGGAGAGGCUGAGGCAGGAGAAUGGCGUGAACCCGGGAGGCGGAGCUUGCAGUGAGCCGAGAUUGCGCCACUGCACUCCAGCCUGGGCGACAGAGCGAGACUCCGUCUCAAAAAAAUAAAAAAAAAAAAAGAAUUUCCCAGUCUCCCCUAUGUAAAACUUAGCAGCUUGGGGGACCUCAUUCCUGGGACUAUGCUGUAACCAAAUUAUUGUCCAAGACUAUAUUUCUGGGAUGAAUAUAAUCUGAGGAAGGGAGUUAAAGACCCUCCUGGGGCCCUCAGUGUGCCAUAGAGGACAGCAACUGGUGAUUGUUUCAGAGAAAUAAACUUUGGUGGAAAUGCUG